CGGCCUCUCCUCCUAAGAGCAGCAUGAAAGCCUUCAGUCCUGUGAGGUCCGUUAGGAAAAACAGCCUGUCAGACCACGGCUUGGGCAUCUCCCGAAGCAAAACGCCGGUGGACGACCCGAUGAGCCUGCUCUACAACAUGAACGACUGCUACUCCAAGCUCAAGGAACUGGUGCCCAGCAUCCCGCAGAACAAGAAGGUGACCAAGAUGGAAAUCCUGCAGCACGUCAUCGAUUACAUCUUGGACCUGCAGAUCGCCCUGGACUCGCACCCCACGAUCGUCAGCCUGCACCACCAGAGACCUGGACAGAACCAGGCGUCCAGGACGCCGCUGACCACCCUGAACACGGACAUCAGCAUUCUGUCCUUGCAGGCAUCUGAAUUUCCUUCUGACCUUAUGUCGAACGAUAGCAAAGUACUCUGUGGCUGAAUAAAUGGUGGAGCGUGACUACCCGAAGGACCCAGUAUUCGGUUACUUAAAUGAAGUCUUUGGUCAGAAAUGGCCUAUUUGACACGAGCCUACUGAAUGCUGUGUAUAUAUUUAUAUAUAAAUAUAUAUAUAUAUAUAUAUUGAGUGAAACCUUGUGGACUCUUUAACUAGAGUUUUCUUGUAUAGUGGCAGAAAUACCCAUUUCUGCAUAAAAAUGUAAUGACGUACUUAAUGCUAAACUUUUUAUAAAAGUUUAGUUGUAAACUUAACCCUUUUAUACAAAAUAAAUCGUGUGUUUAUUGAAUGUUGAUGCUUGCUUUAUUUCAGACAACCAGUGCUUUGAUUUUUUUAUGAUGCUAUGUUAUAACUGAACCCAAAUAAAUACCAGUUCAAAUCUAUGUAGACCAUAUUAAGAUUAUAAUAAAAUGUGUCUGACGUCAA